AUGACCGUGGGCGGCAAACCGGCUGGCCGAAUCGUGUUGGAGCUCUUCGCCGACAUUACACCGUGGACGGCGGAGAACUUCCAAGCCCUCUGUACCGGCAAGAAAGGCAUGGGAGGAGAUUUCAAUGCAGGGAACAGAACCGGAGGCGAAUCGAUUUCCGAAAAUAGAUUCUUUGAUGAUGAAAACUUCAUCUUGAAGCACACCGGUCCAGUUCACUUGACGGUGUUCGGCCAAGUUGUUCAAGGACCCCGAGCCCACGUGAACAUUGCCGAUUGCGGUCAAUUCUCAUAG